AUGGUCAUGCAGUCUGACGACCAAGUCAUCAUAACGAUUCUCUCCAUACAUGACAACGUCCCAACACUAAAUCCAAUAGGAAAUAUGUUUUUCAAAGAGCCAAUUGGAAUCUUUUCAUAUGUUCAUUGCAAUGGUGUUUUCUGUUUGCACGACUGUAUGGAGGAUCAAGACGACUUAAUUUUGUGGAGAGAGGUCCAACUUCUUCCCCAACCUUCUUAUAACAUUGUCGUUGAUGAAGAUGAAGAAGCAUUUAUUGGUUUCGGUGCUGAUCCCAACACCAAUGAAUUCAAAGUCGUCAAAGUCAGUAUCCAUUGUCCUUUACGUUGCUCUCGGUCUAGUUCUUUUUCACUUGCUGAACUUUAUAAUCAUAGCACUAAAUCAUGGACCAUUAUCCCUUUACAUGUCCCUCCUUCAGAAACUAUCAUAUAUCACGGUCAUAGACAUUUUAACAUGUACAAUACUCUUGUUAAUGGUGUUUAUCAUUGGCUUAUAGGCCCUAACUAUGAUGAUCAUGAUUUUAACAUUCUCUGCUUUGACUUCCACACGAAUCAGUUUCAACUACUCGAGUCUCCAGUUCGAUAUAGUCCUAUCCAUCAUGACAUUGCGGAGAUUAACGGUUCCCUUGCUUAUGUUAAUAAAAUAUUUGACCGUUUUGAUUCAAUUUAUGAAAUUAGAAUUUGGGUUAAAGAUCAACAAGGUUGGGUCAAGAAAUACAACAUUAAUGUUUCACUUGAUUGCCGUCUUGAUAUUGAACGCGUUCUUUCAAAGGGGAAGGAUGAUGUUCAAGUCCUUGAUAGAAAGUUUCAACAAGAUCUAAUGAAGAUAUACGAUAAAGAUUGCAACUUGCUUCACCAAUUUAAAUGUAAUCUAACGAGUGAUUCGUGGAUUCAUGAGUAUGUGCAAAGUAUAGUUCCCUUGUCUACAUAA